UUCCGGUGUCCGGAUGUGACCACAUGAACACACCAGUUACACGUGAAAAAUCUGACAAAACAUACAGCUGAGACAAGAUGGACAUCACAGAGGUCCCCGUGAGCCAGGACAUUAAAUCGAAGAAAAGUAAAAACAAGAAGACAAAGAAGAAGAGAGUGAGUCCGGAGGGAGCGGCGAAGAAGAGCGGCGCGGAUCAGGAGGAGGUGGAGGUGAAGAUGGAGAAGACCGAAGCAGAGGCUGCCUUCCCCCCCACAUUCAGUGUGUCUGAGAUCAAGAAUAAACAGCGCAGACACCUCAUGUUUAUGAAGCUGAAGCAGGAGAAGAGGAAGCAAAAAAUUCAGUUGAAGAAAAAGAAGAAGAAAGAGCGGGAAGCUUUAGGUGACAAGGCGCCACCCAAAGAGGUCCCCAAGACUAUUGAAAACCAGAGGGUGUACGAUGAAACUACAGUCGACCCAGAAGAUGAAGAGGUUAGAUUUGAUGAAGGAACAGAUGAAUUUUCUGCAUACUUUAACGGACUGACGAACCCCAAAGUGCUCAUCACAACAUCAGACCGUCCCAGAGGGAGGACGGUGAAGUUUUGUGAGCAGCUGGCCACAGUGAUCCCCAAUGCUCAUGUGUACUACAGAAGAGGUCUGGCCCUGAAGAGGAUUAUCCCUCAGUGCAUCGCCAGGAACUUCACCUACCUUAUGGUCAUCAACGAGGAUCGCAAAGUGCCCAAUGGUUUGGUCCUCUGUCACCUUCCUGACGGUCCAACUGCACACUUCAAAGUCAGCAGUGUUCGACUACGUAAAGAGAUGAAGAGACGAGGGAAGGAUCCAACCGAACACUUUCCAGAGGUGAUCCUGAACAACUUCAGCACCCGCCUGGGCCACAGCAUCGGACGCCUGUUUGCCGCUCUCUUUCCACAGGACCCUCAGUUUGUGGGUCGACAGGUUGCCACUUUCCACAACCAGAGAGACUUCAUCUUCUUCAGAUUCCACAGGUAUAUCUUCAAGAAUGAGAAGAAAGUUGGCAUUCAGGAGCUUGGACCUCGCUUCACCCUCAAACUCCGCUCUCUGCAGAAAGGCACAUUUGACUCCAAGUUUGGAGAGUACGAGUGGGUCUUGAAGCGCCAUGAGAUGGAUGCCUGCAGAAGAAAGUUCCAGCUUUGAACACGUAUUAAACCAGCCUUCAUGGUCAGAAGGGUGGAAUUACAUUUUCUCUACAUGGAGACAACAUUUUAUGGCUUUCCUACACAAAGGAACAUUACAGUGGGCAUGAAAAGAUAUCUGGAAGUCGUUUAUAUGUGUUCUUUUGACUGUGACAGCUGGAUUUGACAGGAUUAUGUCCCAGCUUUUAUAAAGAUGUGUCUACAGCUUUGCUCCGGGUUGAGGUAAGACAUAGCAGGUGUUUUAGAGACACCAGGGAGGACACGCAGACACUCAGUCAGCUGCGAGUUAUGUUUAAGUUGUGUCUGUAGAUGGCCCAUUUCCAGAGAGAUCUCCACAUACUAUAAAAGUGUAGAUCACAAUAUCAAGUUGUAUUUCGUCUAUUUAAAUCACAUUAAA